UAUUCUUCUUUUCUCUUUUGUCCCAAACAAAAUGGAAUGGUAGGUUAGAAAAUUCAAUUUAAAAAAAAAAAACACGCAUGGAUUUUUGUUUGAAGGUUGAAAACCUCGUUAAGUUUGAAAACGAAGCAUCCGUGAGCUCAUCAAGGCAACAAGGCUUUUUCAUGAUUCUCUAUUUUGUUGCGUUUUGAACGUUGAAACUUUCCUUCCUUUUCCUCUCUCUGCUCAGCUACCUCGUCCUCCGUCCACGGUGGUCGGCGACUUGCUCCGACCAACCUCUCUCUGAGGAGGUUAGCUCCGGAACUUCUUACAAACACGUGGUGUGCUUCUUUUUCUGUUUUUGUUGUUUUGUUUCAUAGCCUUCUGACAUCUCAAUGAUGACCCAAGAACCAUCAGAGGAAUUGGAGAAACAUGCAACCUCAGGGCAUCGUGCAAGAGGCAAUAGUGAAUACGUUAGACUAGCCAUAUCUGAUGAGCCUAGGGCCGGUGAAGUUGAAAUCUCACGGCCUCAAGCAGAACCAGGAAUUAAUGCUUUCUGGUGGUGGAUGAAAGUCUUUCUAUGGUGCAUUAUCAUUGUUGUACUUUCUCUUGUUUUACUGAAAUGGGGUGUUCCUUUUAUUUUUGAAAAGGUUCUUUACCCAGUGAUGGAAUGGGAAGCUACUGCAUUUGGCCGCCCAGUUCUUGCCCUUGUACUUGUUGCUUCUUUAGCUUUAUUCCCAGUGUUCUUAAUUCCUUCUGGCCCUUCCAUGUGGUUGGCCGGCAUGAUUUUCGGUUAUGGCAUUGGCUUCGUUAUAAUAAUGGUUGGAACAACCAUUGGAAUGAUCCUCCCUUACCUAAUUGGGCUACUCUUCCGUGAACGCAUUCAUCAAUGGUUAAAGAAGUGGCCCACGAAUGCCGAAAUGAUUAGGCUUGCUGGUGAAGGAAAUUGGUUCCAUCAAUUUCAAGUGGUUGCUUUAUUUAGAGUUUCUCCAUUUCCCUAUACUAUAUUCAAUUAUGCUAUAGUAGUGACAAAUAUGAGGUUUUGGCCCUACCUACAGUGGUAGAUUAAUAAGGACCUUAGCAGAUGCACAGUAUGGGAGGCAUCACUUGACCACUGUGGAAAUAGUGUAUAACAUUAUUUCAUUCAUCGUUGCAAUUGUUACCACGGUUGCAUUUACUGUUUAUGCAAAAAGGACUUUGAAUAAACUCAAGAUGGCUGAGGCCAAUGAGGAAUCUGCCUCUGUUUCUGGCAUUGCUGAUUUUGAGAUGCAGAAAGCUUCCCAUUCAUAAGCAUGUCAUGUAUUUUUUUUAAAUCAUGAUGCUCAGCGUGUAUAUUUAUGUAUCUAAAGUUU